GAGUUUUGCUUUGUCACCGAGGGUAGAGUGCAGUGGUGCAAUCUCAGCUCACUGCAACUUCUGCCUCCCGGGUUCAAGCGAUUCUCCUGCCUCAGCCUCCUGAGUAGCUGGGAUUACAGGUGCAUGCCACCACACCCAGCUAAUUUUUGUGUUUUUAGUAGAGACGGGGGUUGCCCCAUGUUGGUCAGGCUGGUCUCAAACUCCUGACCUUGAGAUCCACCUGCCUCCACCUCCCAAAGUGCUGGGAUUACAAGUGUGAGCCACCGUGCCCGGCCACUUUUGAUAAUUUAAUAACCUGACUUUCCGAGCAGUCAGAGCAGCUGUAGCACAUCUGACCUGCUUUCACCUUCGAUCUUCUCUGGGACCACCAAGAAUUGAAGGAUGGCAGGAAGUGUGAAGAAAGUGGUGAGGCUCUGGCUGGGUGCGGUGGCUCACACCUCUAAUCCCCGCACUUUGGAAAGCCGAGGCGGGUGCAUCACUUAAGGUCAGGAGUUCGAGACUAGCCUAGCCAACAUGGUGAAACCCUGUUUCUACUAAAAAUACAAAAAUUAGCUGGGCUUGGUGGCAUACACCAGCUACUAGGGAGGCUGAGGCACUAGGGACCCUGUGGAUCGCUUGAACCAGGAGGCGGAGGUUGCAGUGCGCUGAGAUCGCAUCGCUGCACUCCGGCCUGGGCAACAGAGUGAGACUCCGUCUAAAACAACACAAAACAAUAAUAAUAACUAAGAGAGUAGCGUGGCUUGGUGGCGGUGUCACUCCUGAGGCCUCUGGGAACAACUCUACAGUUAUGCUUUGUCCCGUGCUGCGGAGCCUAGUAUGGGGAUUAUCCCCCGCCAUGCGUUGUAUCUGAAUCCUUGUACGCGCGCCCGUGGGUGUGCAUGAAAAUGGGCAUGUGCGCGGUGCUUAUGUAUGGGUCUUUUUGCCCGCAGCGGCGCGUCCGCAGGCUUGUUCUGUCCUGUGCUAGCCUUCAAGUUUUGGCACGUCCGUCCGUUUUUCUUCUUCUUUGGCGCGUCCGUUGGGCACUCUGGGUUUGGCUAAAUCGUGGACGCUUCUAAAGCGUUUCUGCAGGGAGCUGGUCAGUUGUCAAGUGCUCCCCCAGUUCUGGGCCGGCUUGGUACGGUCUACAGCCUCCCUUUCCUUUCCCCGCCUCCCCCAUGGUGGUUGCACCCACUCGGCCCGGAAGUGCUCGCUUCUCUGCAUUACACGCCGGUCAGGAUUCGCGACCCGACAUGGAGCGUCCCCGCAGUCCCCAAAGCUCGGCCCCGGCCCCGGCCCCGGCCUCUGCCUCAGCUUCGGUUACCCUGGCGCAGCUCCUGCAGCUGGUCCAGCAGGGCCAGGAACUCCCGGGCCUGGAGAAACGCCACAUCGCGGCGAUCCACGGCGAACCCACAGCGUCCCGGCUGCCGCGGAGGCCCAAGCCCUGGGAGGCCGCGGCUUUGGCUGAGUCCUUUCCCCCUCCGACCCUCAGGAUAGGAACGGCCCCGGCGGAGCCUGGCUUGGUUGAGGCAGCGACUGCGCCUUCUUCAUGGCAUACAGUGGGCUCCUGAGGUUCCAGGUCCUUUGCGGCGGCGAUCUGGAGGGCGUGGGUACAGGACCCCGGAUGCCAUUCAGUUACUCAUCUUUUAUGCUUUCGUCCUGACCUGUCUCAACUAGACUUGCUCCUGCAACCACCAUGGGGGUUUUGCAUUUACAUUUGUGGACCAUGUUACAGUUAAGAAAAAUCCUGUUUCAGUCCUUAUAUGUAAUAAAAUGUUUUAUGAUGUAA